UUGAUUGUUGGAAAAAAAAUGUCAACAAACAUCCGAAGCUCUGAAAUUCUGCUAAAAUUGUUUUAAUAAUAGGUUUAGUUUUUUGUGUUUUUCUAAUUUAUUGUGAAUAAAAAAAGUUUUUAAUGUGUUUAAUAAGCAGCUAAUGAAAAAAACGUGAAAACUCAGUUUUAAAACUGUGAAAAAAGCUUGCAAAAAAUUCAAACUCCCUUGCGCGAUGGACCCGUCCGUCGACUUCGAUCUGGCCAAACUGUGCCGGUGCUGCCGCAAGCGGGGCUCGGGCCUGCAGUCCAUCUUCACCUUCGUCUGCAAAUCCGGUGCCGCCACACUGCACGAGAUGCUGCUCAUUUGCAUCCCCCAGUCGCAGCUCCAACCGGACGACGGUCUGCCGGAGCAGCUGUGCUCGCGGUGUAUCGCCGCCGUCAGCUCGGCGUACCAUUUCCGGAAGCGGUUCGAGGAGAGCGAUGGGAUUUUGAGGGCGUAUGUGAAGGAGAGGGGUCGACAGGUGGAGAGCUUGCUGGGGGGGAUGUCUGUGAAGGUGGAACUGGUGGACAUUAAGGCGGAGCAGAUUAUCGUUGAGGCGAAUCCGCUGGUUGAGGAGGAGCAGGAGGAAGAACAGGUGGAACCCGUCAAGGUGGAGCUGCAAAUGGAUUCCGAUGAUGGAAGUGAAUUUGUGGGGGAUGAUAAUGUGGACUUUAGUUCGGAGGAGGAGCAGUACGAGGAGAAGCCCAAAGUUAGUGGUGAGAAAAAAAGAGUCAGGAAUCGGAAGAAGCCGGAUCCGAGCGAGUACAAGGAAUGUCCCACGUGUGGGAAGAAGUUUGAUACAAAGUAUCACUUGGACAGACACGUGAGGGCGCACAAGAAUGACACCCAGUGCGAGCAUUGCGAGAAGCGAUUCUCGGCCAUGGAUUAUAAGGACUAUCGGAAGCACAUGCUGACGGAUCAUCCUGGGAUGGACAUUCAGCCGCACAGGAAAUCGACGGACAAGUCGGAAGGUCGAGACGAUGAGGGCAGUGAUAAUGUGCCAAGUGCCAACGAGCCGGACGAGGAUGACGAAGACAAGCCCGCUGGUAAAAAGAAAAGAGCCGGGAAACGGCGAGGUGCGAACGAGUACCGGGAAUGUCCAAUAUGCGGCAAGGGUUUCCCCUCGAAGUAUCACCUGGAGAGGCACGUUAAAACGCACAACAACGACACCAGGUGCGAGUUCUGCGACCAACAGUUCUCCGCCACGGCUUACAAAGAGUACUGCGAGCACAUGCAGCUGGAACAUCCCGGAAUGCCGGUUCAACCGCACAAGAAGACAAAACCCAUUGAUAAUUCGCUGGUCGAAGAAUUCUUCAAAAGUAUUCAGCAAAAGGAAAUUUCCUGCAAGCUGUGCGAUGCCAAACUUGAGCGGAUCGCAGAGUUGCGGAACCACCUACGAACUCACUCCGAUCCCAGCACGCUGAUCAACGCAGGCAUCCCGACAAAGACGUUCCUCUUCGCGGAGGGUUACGUCCCGGACAAUUACCUCGACAUCUUGGUUCAGCAAAUCAAUAACUGGGACGUACAACGCUUCUACCAGAUCGUCGAACCCACCGGCGAAGAACUCACCUUAAGCGAUUCCGACUCCGACCCGGAAGACCUCGUCCAACGAGUCCACACCUGCUUCAUCUGCCACCAGAGCUUCCCCCGGCUCAAACUCCUCACCGACCACGCCGCCACCAGCCACAACCCCGAACAACUCCUCACCUGCCAGCACUGCCAGCAGCAAGGCUUCCCAAACAACACCAUCCUCGAGCGUCACCAGCGGCAGCAGUGCGCCAAUAGCGCCAAAAAGUUCCUCUGCGCCAUCUGCAACACCAAGUUCAUGUGGCAAUCCAGUCUCGAUAAACACGCCGCCGCCAACCACGCCAACCCGUCCGCCGAUCCGCAGCACGAUUCCGGCAAGCGGUUCCUCUGCCCGAUGUGCAACAAGGGCUUCACCCAGAUGCACCAUCUCAAGCGGCACGUCCGCGGCCACGUGCCGUCCGAGAAGAAGUUCGAGUGUCCGGAGUGUCACCGGAAGUUCCACCGCAAGGACAAUAUGAAGUUUCACAUGCGGACGCACCAGCCGAAGCGCGAGGACGAACCGCCCAAGCAGACGCACCUGUGCUCGCUGUGUGGACGGGGGUUUACGUCGAAUUACAACUAUGUGGUUCAUAUGCGACGGCACACCGGGGAGAGGCCCUUCAAGUGUGAUCAGUGUGAUAAGGCUUUCCCGCGUUCGCUGGAUUUAACGUAUCACAAACGGACGCACACUGGCGAUAAACCGAGCGUUUGCAACAUAUGUGGCAAGGCAUUCUCGCGCCAUCACCGCCUGGUCCGUCACAUGCGCGUCCACACCGGCGCCCGGCCCUACGCUUGCACCUACUGCGACCGUACCUUUACCCAGUCCAACGACCUCACGCUGCACAUCCGACGGCACACCGGCGAGAAGCCCUACUCCUGCCCCAUCUGUAACGAGCGCUUCAUCCAGGGAACGGCCCUGCGCGCCCACCAGCGCUCCGUCGGCCACAUCACCGAGGAGACACUGCUUCCGGUGAGCAACUACGGGCGCAGUUUGCUGGAGGGUUGUCGUAGUUUAGCGAAUCGGAAUUCGUCGGAUGCCCCAGCGGAGGCGCAGCUUGCCGUCUUUGAGGUAGAUUUCGGCGCGGCUUUUGAGCAAAAAGUCCGGCAUGAAGAGGACGCGUUCGAGCGUGCGGCCGCUCUGUCGCAGGGUCCACCCGUUGGCGUCGACCGUGAGCAGUUCGACAAAGUACUCGUGGCACGUGGGAGGGUCCGCCGGGGGACCGUCUUCGCACUGGCCAAUCGUGACGGCCAUGUGCCUGCGCUCGUGUUCGGUGGCGCCCUGGUUCAGUCUGACUUCGAGUCGCCAAGCGAUUUUGUUCGCGUCCAGCAGCGUUUGGGAUUGAGUCGUGCGGCUGGUCAGGAAGUCCGGGAUCGUGAGGUGGCCCUCGACGAACUUGGGCAUCCGUUUGAGGUUGUGAUCAGCAGGAAUCUGCUUCAGUCUUUUACCCAACACGAGGGUGCUCCGCUCGGCGUCCGGAUCCAAGGGGACUAUGGCCACGCGCAGCUUGAGAGUGCCGUCCGCGGCAAAGUAGCCAUCGUCGCGCAGCUGGGACACGGCAGCGAGCGUGCUGCAGUAGACCGUCCGGAGGCGACUCACUUCCAUCGAAUCGCUGCGCUGGAAGCUCUUGAGUGGAGAUUCGUGGAUGAAGCGCACCAACAGCUGGAAACGUCCCAUCACGCCACGGCACUGGCUCGUGUCGACGUCCAAAAUCAACCAGUCCAUGUCCUUGCGGAGGCGCAACUGCCACGGAACACCGUACUGGUCACGGAUGGUGGUCGCGCUCGUGGCAUCUUCCACGAUUCCCACACUGAUGAUCGACGGAACCUACUAGGAGUGGUCGUACUGCGGCAGCGGCACCUUCACCUUCGCCGGCUCCACGUCCUGCGCCAGCCGCGCCACAUCGAACAGCUUCAUCAGCUGAUCCUGCUGCUUGGUCUGCAGGCUCUUCAGCAGCUGCCCACUUUCGUUCCGGAGCGCCCGCUCGACCACCUUCUGCAUCUGCUUCUUCGGGUCGAGCGCGGCCAUAAUUUCCGCAAGCUCCCCCGCCAGCACCGCAUUCUGCUCCGGCGGUUUUUCCUUCGCUUCCGGCUGGUCCUUGUCCUUGGGCAGCACGUCAAAGUGGUGGCACAGCACCCACAGGCUGUGCUCGAUCUCCUCCAGCUUCCGGGCGUGCUGCUCGUUGGUGAUGUGGUCCGGCAGGACGGGGCGCUUGUAGCGUCGGUCGGCCGUCGUGGUGGCCACGUCGAAAAAGACGAUCGCCGGACACGGCUGGAAGCUCUUGGAUGCGGUGGCCAUUUCUUUCUUCGCAGCGGGGGAGAUUCUUUGCUGGCGGGAAGACCGAAGCCCAUAUCGUCGUCCUCGGACUCGGACUCUUCCUUCUUCUCCUCCUUGGCGGCGGCAGCCGGAGCGGCCGAAGCAGCAGCAGCAGCCGGGGCAGCGACCGCGGCGAACUUGCUCGGGUCCUUGAUGAACUCCUUGACCGUUUCGGCCUCCUUGAACUCGACCUCGGUGACGGCGGCGAUGGCCAGCAGGUUGCGGAAACCGUUGGCAAUGCUGUGCGGCACGGAAGCCAGCGUCGGAAUCUCCGGCGAGAAGAUCGAACCAGAGUCGUACACCUGCUCAAUCUGCAGACCGUACGAGAACGGCGAGAUGUUCAACAUGUUGAGCAGCGUGGCCUCGGAAGCUCCGACCUUGUCACCGGGCUUCAGAAUGGGCACAUCGUUGAUGAUUUCAAUCGUACCCUUGGAAAUCUUGGUCGGGAUGGACAGCGCCUGGAAGAAGGAGGUCUUCUCGGGGCCGAGACCGGUGUUCUGGGCCGGGAUGAUGACCUCCAGCGGAGCGAUGGCACCAGCACGAGCCGGGGCACGCACCUUGCUCUCCAUCAGCUUGUCGCGGAUGUCGGCCAGAUCGCCCUUGGUGAACACGAAGCCGACAUUGCCGCGGAUGUGCGGCAGCAGCUUCUCCAGGACGAUGGCCGAGCCACGGAGCGAGAUACGGAUGGUCUGCAUCUGGCGGGAACCGACAUUGUCGGCGCCCACGAUGAAGCACUUGGGGUACUCAUCGAGCAGUUGCUCACCUUCGGAGCGCUUCCAAACAAUGGAGGUAAUCGACAUGAACCUCGAGUACGACCUGGCCCGCAUCUGCCGGUGCUGCCGUCGCGACUCCCCGGAUCUGCAACCCAUCUUCCUGGACGGUGCCGCCGUCGCAGACGGCACCACGCUGUACGAAAUGCUCGCCAGCUGCACCCAGAGCCAGCCGAACUUCAACGACGGCUUGCCGUCGCAGCUGUGCGGGGAUUGCGUCUCGGAGGUGACCACGGCGUACGGGUUCCGCAAGCGGUACGAGCAGAGUGAGUUGCUGCUGCGGGAGUAUCUGUCGCGGAGGAAGGUGGAGCCUGCGGCCUGCGGGGUGAAGGUAGAGGAGCUGUUUGACGUCAAGACGGAGCUGAUCGUGGUGGAGACUGUUGGGGAGGAGGAGGAUGAGUUGAUGACGGUGGAGUUUGUGGAGGAGAGUGGGGAGGAUGAGGAUCAAGAUUAUGAGGUGGGAAGUUUGGACGAGAUGAUUGAGGAGUUGGAGGAGUUGAAGCCGCAGGCGAGGGGGCGGAAGGCGAAUGGGUAUUCGAAGAUUAAGGGGGGAGGAUUUGGGUGCGAUUCUUGCGAGCGGGUGUUUGCGGAUCGUCGGGGGAUUACGAACCACGUGAAGCAGCAUGAAAGGAAGGAGGUGAAGCAGUGUCCGCUGUGCAGCCGGGAGUUUACCUCGUCGUAUCACUUGAAUAGGCACGUGAAGAUGCACGAAAACGACACGGAUUGCGGGGUUUGCGGGAAGAAGUUUGGGCUUUAUCACGACUACAAGGACCACAUGGCGGCGGAACAUCCGGGGGUGGCGUUGGUGGAGCCGAAGAAGACGGAGCGGUCGGAGCGUGAGCUGGCUCUCACGUUGACGGCGGAGCUGUUGGAGGAUCCGGGCAGGAUGGAAGCGAUUUGUCGGAUUUGUGACGCCACGUUUGAGCGGAUAGCGCAGCUGAGGAGGCAUCUGCGGACGCACGAGGAUGUGAAGUCGUUUGAGAACGUCAACAUCGCCAACAAGCCGUACCUGUUUGAGGAAGGUUACGUGCUGGAGAACUACCUCGAGUACCUGGUGCAGCAGGUUUGCAAGGGGAAUCUGUUGCGAUUCUACCAGAUUGUCGAGCCUGACGGUGAGGAGUUGGAACUGAGCGAUUCCGACACGGAUGGUGAAGAUGAGGAAGUGGUUCGACGCGAGCAUGGUUGUGGCCUCUGUCAGCAGAGCUUCCCGCGGAUUAAACUGCUCCGCGAGCACGCUAAAAGUUGCCAUCGUCCGGAAGAAUUGAUCGGUUGCAAGCACUGCGCCCGAGGCUUCCCCAACACGACCCUCUUCAUGCGGCACCUGCGCCAGCAGUGCGAAAACACCGUCAAGAAGUUCCACUGCACCUUUUGCAACGAAAAGUUCAUGUGGCAAACCUCGCUCAACAAGCACGCCCAGCACCACCACAAACCCACGAAACCGCUCUGGGAGCGACCCGGCGACGAGUCCGGAACCUCAGCCGCGAACGAAGAAUCCGCGAAAAAGUUCGUCUGCCAAGUCUGCUCCAAAGGCUUCCAGCGGCUGGAACACCUCGAGCGCCACAUCAAGAUCCACAUCCCGUCGGAGAAAAAGUUCGAAUGUCCCGUCUGCCACAAAAAGUUCAACCGCAAGGACAACCUCCGCUCGCACCUCAAAAUCCACCAAAAAGACCCCGACGCGGACGCCGACCCCGCCAACAAGCAGAACCAACUGUGCGUCUACUGCGGCCGCGGCUUCUCCAACUCCUCCAACCUCAUCGUCCACAUGCGACGCCACACCGGCGAACGCCCCUACCGCUGCGACAUCUGCGACAAGGGCUUCCCCCGCUCCUCGGACCUCCAGUGCCACCGCCGAACGCACACCGGCGAAAAGCCCUGUCUCUGCACCAUCUGCGGCAAGGGCUUCUCCCGCUCCAACAAACUGGUCCGCCACAUGCGCAUCCACACCGGCGCCCGGCCCUACUCCUGCUCGUACUGCGACCGCGCCUUCACCCAGUCCAACGACCUCACCCUGCACAUCCGGCGCCACACCGGCGAAAAACCCUACGUCUGCGGCGUCUGCAACGAGCGCUUCAUCCAGGGCACCGCCCUCAAGGCCCACCAGCGCGCCACCGGCCACAACGACGACGGCGCCACCCAGCCGGAACGCUUCGCCGCAAUCAGCGUCAACAACCCGCACCGGAUGGGCGUGAACGGGCCGAAGGCUCUGCGACAAAGCGCCACCGUCAAAGCGGUCAAGUCGCGCAAGAAGAAGGCGGCCGCCGCCGUAGAACCGAUGACCGUCGUCGAGGAGGUGGCUGCGCCCCCACCGCAACCGUACGUCCCGACCGUGCCGUCGUACGUCAUGCAGAACUACGACCUGACGGCCGGCGGGUUGUUUGCGCAGAGUUUUACCCAGCAGUAGGCGGGGAUUUUUUUUUGGUUGUGUAAUCACGAUUUGCAAAUAAAACGAAUAAUGCCGUCGUUUUGC